ACAUGAGCACAGCACAGGAGAAGCAAAUGAGAUGAGAAUUGUUUUCCUUUUCUCUGAGGCUUCUCAGCUUCCCAGGAGAAAAAUCCUGGGCAAAGGGAUUUUUCAGAGAAUGUGAAUGUGACAGUGCCCUCCUGGCUGAGCAGCCACCAGUGUGGAGAACUCCCUCUGCAUGAGUAAAUCAGGGCAAAAGGUUCAGCUCCAGAGGAGAGCAGAGCUGAGCUGUGCCAGCUGGGGAGCUGCCCUGUUUGGUGGUUGCAGUCUGGCUCCUGCUUACCCAUCUGUACACUGGCUGAUUUGUGCCCAAGCACAUGGCAUCCACUUCCAGGAGCAAGCAGCACUCUCCUGGAAGAAUCCCUGAUGCAGAUCCCUGGAUUCUUCACUCCAGUGUCCACUUAGACAAUAGAGAUGAGCGUGGCACCAAAGGCACCUCUCUGCAGUGCACCCACCUGGCUCACAUGCACCGCCUCAGCCACCAGGCUGCUGGGCUGUCACACAGCACUGCGAGCCAGGCACUAAAAAAUGGAGGAGAAAAACACAAGAAAUGUCUGGGCCAUGAUCUGGGGCAAUGUGAGACACUUGUGGGCCAAGGCUGUUCCCUGGUGCCAGCUUCAAAGCCCACACAGAAGAGCUGUGCAGACCAGCCCAGACAGUGCCUACUGCAUCCUGCAGAGCUUUCUGAAACACAUCUGAGCUCUCAGGGCAAGCAGGGGGGACCAGGAGUGUGGGAGGCUGGUAACUGCUGUGCUCGCCGUCCCGCUGAGGGGAAAGGCUUUUUUCCUUUCUCCUGACUGUGGGUGUCAGUGCCUGACAGCUUUCACCACCUCGGGGCAGGCUCCUCAGCGCUGCAGAGGCAGCGAGGUGCCUAAGGGCAGAGAUUCUCAGCCCUUUAGCUCUUUAUCCAGGUCACUUCAGAUCACAAAUGACCCCAAACCAGGUGAAGCAUGAAAGGAGGUGACACGAGGUCAUCCGGUGUCUGUAGCAAAAGUCAUUGCAGAAGCGGGGCAGUUUUGAAAUGCUUUGUUACAGGCUGCAGGAGUUAGUCUCAGCUGCGUAAUUAAUACAAACAGUGGAAUGUUUUGCAAAUAAGAUUACCAAGACCUCAGCACUGCUUUUUCUUGCAAUGAAAACACAGAAUUUUUUUCUUUCAUGUUACAGAUAAGUUGAAUUGUCCUGGCUGGCAAAAACUUGUCAGAGUAAAGCAGACUAGUGCUAGGCAUUAGGGAUGCAGAGUUAGAAAUUCUUUUAACAGAGGAAUCACAACGCUUAUUCAAGCAUCCAGCUGAAGAUUUCCCGCUAAUUACCACUGGCUCUCAAGCUCACUGCAGGGAGGGCUGGUAUGUCUGGAGGCUUGGCUUAGACUGCAGGGCUCUGUCACUCCACAUUUGAGUUUCAGGCCACAUUUGAGGUCUGAGUUUAAGAGUUGCCGAUGUCCUGCUCACACUGAAGGAGAGCCAGGGUUGCACAUCCUGAGGCUUCAGCAGUGAGUAAAUGUAAUGUGUGCCUGUGUUAGCAAGGGAGGGUGUGCGCUGUGUUUUAUACGUAGGUGUGUUUGUAUCAAGUGGUAAGUCAUAGAGCCUAGAAGAAACUACAUUAAAAGUUUAAAGCAGUUCUGUGUCACUGUACUAAAAAUUCCUAUAAUUAUGUUUGUUUUACCUUCCUACCUUUCACUCCUUCUCUGUGCUGGGACGGAUCCUUUGAGCCAUGCAGUGUUCCCAGGGGCACGCAGCAGUACCAGGCAAGGGAGCUCAGAGUGGAAAGCUCAGUCCGUGCCCUUGAGCUCGGUGCUUCCCUGCGCCCGUGCUGUGCUGCCAUCUGAUGGGGCACCGAGAGUCCACACCGCCCUGCCCUGCCCUGCUCUGCCCUUCUUUCCCACCUCGGUGCCCACAGGCAGCUGGUCUGCUUCUGCUUUAGCAAUGAACUCUCUUUAAAUAAUCCCGGGGAAGCAGUUACCGAGGGGCCAUCUGUUACUGACAGUAUGAGAACAAUAAAGUAGAUAAAAACCCAACCUUUACUGGUUCUCCCCUCCCUCCCGAAGUGUCCCUUCAAAUAUUUAAGAAAAAUUCACUCAAUCAACCAUUUCUGUCCUGAUUUUAUACGUAUUAUUCCUGAAGGACUCCACAUUAUUCCUGUAACUUCUGUCCACUAGAAAUGCCUGCCUAAACCCACCCAUGUCACAGUGGGAGCAGCUGCCAUGUGCCCUCCCCAAAGUGACUGUCUGGCCUCAGCCUCCCCGAGGGGAAAAUGUUUCCAGGCAAUACACACAGCCUCCUCUCACCUUGUCCCAGCUCAGUGUGUGUCUGCCACGCAGCCACUUCCUUGGCAGAGCUGUUUUUAGCAACAGGAGCAGUGAACAUCUUGUGUGCCUCCCAGCUGCGGGUGAACCAGGAUGAGCCCAUGGAAGAUUAUCCCCUGAAGGUGGAGGGGGGCAAAGAGGACGACUCCCGGCGCUUUGGGAUGGGCCAGACCACCAAAGACCAAAUGAGGACCAACGUCAUCAACGAGAUCAUAAGCACAGAGAGAGACUACAUCAAGCACCUGAAGGACAUUUGUGAGGGUUACAUUAAGCAGUGCCGCAAGAGAGCCGACAUGUUUACAGAAGAACAGCUGAAGACAAUCUUUGGGAAUAUUGAGGACAUCUACAGGUGCCAGAAGAAAUUUGUUAAAGCACUAGAGAAGAAAUUUAACAAAGACCACCCACAUUUGAGUGAGGUUGGCUCAUGCUUCUUGGAAUAUCAAACAGAGUUUCAGAUCUACUCCGAGUACUGCAACAACCACCCCAACGCGUGCCUGGAGCUGUCGCGCCUCACCAAGGUGAACAAGUACGUUUACUUCUUCGAGGCCUGCCGCCUGCUGCAGAAGAUGAUUGACAUCUCCCUGGAUGGCUUCCUGCUCACCCCCGUGCAGAAAAUCUGCAAAUACCCCCUGCAGCUGGCCGAGCUGCUCAAGUACACCAACCCCCAGCACAGGGAUUUCAAGGAUGUGGAGGCUGCCCUGAAUGCCAUGAAGAACGUGGCUCGGCUCAUCAACGAGAGGAAGCGGCGGCUGGAGAACAUCGACAAGAUCGCUCAGUGGCAGAGCUCCAUAGAGGACUGGGAGGGAGAAGAUGUCCUAGUCAGAAGCUCAGAACUCAUCUAUUCUGGGGAAUUAGCCAAAAUCUCCCACCCUCAAGCCAAGAGCCAACAGAGGAUGUUCUUCCUCUUCGAUCACCAGCUUGUCUGCUGCAAGAAGGACCUUCUGCGCAGGGACAUCUUGUACUACAAGAGUCGGAUCAACAUGGAUGACAUGGAAAUACUGGACGUAGAAGAUGGCAAAGACAAGGACUUCAAUAUCAGUGUGAAAAAUGCAUUUAAGCUGCACUGCAGAGACACUGAGGAAGUCCAUUUAUUCUGUGCAAAAAAGCCUGAGCAGAAACAGCGCUGGCUGAAGGCAUUUGAGAAUGAAAGGAGGCAGGUGCAGCUCGACCAGGAGACAGGGUUUUCCAUCACGGAGGUGCAGAAAAAGCAGGCAAUGCUGAAUGCCAGCAAGCAGCACCAUGCUGGGAAGCCCAAGGCUGUCACCAGGCCCUACUAUGACUUCCUGAUGCGGCAGAAGCACCCCACCCUGCCCACCACGCUCCCUCAGCAGCAGGUCUUCAUGCUGGCAGAGCCCAAGCGCAAGCCCUCGAACUUCUGGCAGAACAUCAGCAGGCUGACGCCCUUCCGGAAAUAGGGGCAGCCCCGUGUUUGUGCCUGAACCCCUUCUGAGAAAGCACUUUAUCCGUCACUCCUGGCAGGUGGAGCCCAGGUUCAUCCAACCCUGUGUUUACAGAGGAUGGCACAGGCGCUCCUGCCUCCCCUAUUUAUUUUGCAGCCCGGCUGACCCGCCGGCUCCCAGGUGAGGCCGCGUGGGCGCUCGCACACCGCGGGCAGCGGUGCCACGGAGCCAGCCCCGCACUGCCCAGCAGGCAGAGCUCCAGGAGCGUGCAGCAGGGAGCUGGACAGGCUGCAGCCCGAGAGAUUUACCUUGUCAGCUGUACUUGGACUCACGCCUUCCUGCUGUGCCCACCGCUGCUGGCUGGCAGCUGCCACAGGGGAGGGCAGCUGAUGGACCCGCUGGCCCCGUGGCCGCUGCCCUGCUCAGAACAACAGUUCAGAGUCCGUGAUGAGGAGGGAUGAACCCUUCUGCUCUGCCCAGCCCAUGCCCUGCGUUUCUCAGAGCUGUGAUCCUCCUCCACGUGUCCAAACUAACUCAGCAGCCUCUGCAGGCACUCAGAGCACAGUGAGCACUGCACUGUGACCUCCUCCCUCCCUUUAGUCCAGCAGCACCGGUGAAAGGUGUCCUACAUUAAACUGUGCCAACCUGCAGCAUGAGUCAAGUCGAAGAAUCUCUCUAGUGGGUUUCAGUUACAUAAGUUAGAGAAAAAUGUGCCUAAUUAAUACCAUACGCAAUUCUUUAAAUUCUUGUCUCUCCAUCAUUCUGCCAUAUUUCCUGGCCAAUGAAAAUGCUCAUUGUUUGUAAUGUGUUUAUUUAUGGUAAAAAUCAGAACUGUGUAUUUUGUAAGUCUGUAAUUGUUCUUGUCAGAUGUUGUUAACUUGAUGCCUGUUUUGUCUGUUUAAUUUUUCUUUUCCUUUUUUUUUAAAGAAAGGUCAAUAUUUGCAAACCUAGCUCCCAGAAGUCAGAGUCUGCUGUUCAACUCUGCAAUGUCAUUGUUAUGCAAACUCCCACAGACCCUCAAAUUCAAGGAGUGUUGCUGACACUUUUAAAAAUGGAAAACCACUUGAUAAAGGCCUAGAUUUGGCAUAAGGAGCCUCACUUUAAGUACCCAAGUUUCAAAUGGUGGCCAAAAAGAAUGAAUUUAAACCUUGGUUAGCAAAAAGAUUUGCCUUACCAUAGUGAGAGUUAGAAGCCAUACUGACUGAAUUCCCUAGAUUAGGAGACAUCCUGUGACAGUGGAAGGAAGACACUGGCUCAUUCCAGCUCAAGUGUGAGUGAACACUGCAGAGCUCAGAAAUCCAGUGUUUGUUGAUGCUGUAGCUGACCAAAGUCUGGUCAUCCAGGGAUAUCUGAAUUCAGUAGCAUGUACAAACUCCUUCUUGCACUAUAUCUUCCCCCCAGACCAGGGGCAACAUUUAAUUUCAUAAAGAAACUUGUAAAAG